UCUGCUCCGACCCUCAAUUUGUUCGCAGAUUGGAUCAACAAAUGCGUCCAAAAUCAUAAAGUUUGCAAUACAGUUCCCAAUGCACGCCCUCCUAGUCGCCUACUCCGGAUAAAUCUCGCCCCUGCACCCGAAUACGGCAUUCCUACUCUUCAACUUUUUCACACUUCCCCCACCGAACAAUACACAUAUGUUGCAGUUAGCCACUGCUGGUCGUACACACAGCCGCUCAAAACUACGGCUGCUAAUUUGACGGCUCACCUUGCCUCUGUUCCUUCGGGCUCUCUCUCACCUGUCUUCCGCGAUGCUAUACUGCUCUGUAUCUGCCUAGGCUAUGACUACAUAUGGAUAGAUUCCCUAUGUAUCUUGCAAGGGGAUGCAGUCGAUUUUGCAGCCGAGGCACCACAUAUGGGUCACGUCUAUGCACAAGCAGCACUCGUCAUCGCUGCA